AUGGAAUAUAAUAAAAAACGUAGAGCUGAAGACAACAGCGAAAGUAAAAAACGUAAGUUAGAAAGUGAUCUUUCAGGGGACGAAUAUGAAGUAGAAGCAAUAGAAAACCAUAAGUAUGUAGAUGGUAAAAACUAUUACCGUGUCAAAUGGAAAGGUUAUGAUGAAAGAACGUGGGAACCAUCUCAAAACUUGAAUAAUUGUAAGGAAAAAUUACACGAGUAUAAAUUAGGUGUGAGAGGACGUCAAGAACCGAAUAAAUUAAAGAAAGGCGAGCGUGAUGAUGAUUCAUCAACGACGACUAAAUCCAGUAAUCAGAGGGUAGUUGCCAAAAAAGAUGCAAAAACGAUUAAUUAUAAAAGGUUUUCUAAUGGUUCAAAAUACAGUCUUCCCACCGCUUUUAAAAUUUCAAAAGGAGAUGCGUCGAAUAAUACCUAUCCGAAUAAUACACAUAAUAAGAAAAAGGAUGAUUCAAACUCGGUUACAAUGCCGUUGGAAGUAAGGUUGCCUCCAUUUGGACCUGGUGAUCGAUCAAUUAAUUUCAAAAAUAAACCACCCAAAUGGUAUGGAAUUAUAUGUAGGAUAAGAAAUGAAGAAGAAAUGAAUGUAGGAAAGGUACAAAUUACAAAUUAUACUGAGGAUUCAAUGGAAAAUUUUCCUUGCUUGUAA